AUGUUUAUCGAGUACAGGGUAUCCGCAUCCGCAUCAUUUUCUAUGCAUUAUCGAUUGAUUUAAGUUAUUGUCUAGGCCCCAUGAUUCCAUUGUUUUUUUUCUAGUCGACACGCUUUUCCAUGUAUUUUGGGGUCUCGCAACGAAACAACAAUGAAAAUGUUCGCUGCGAGACCCAUUUUGCGAGCCCCCCUCACCCCCCAACGUUCAUGUACGAUUUUAGGGUGAAAAUGCCACGGAGGUGAUUGAGCGAAAUCGUGACAGCGCCGAAGUGUCGGACGAGGAGAACUCGUACUGGCGAUGGGUUCGCGAGCUGAAAAAGCAAAAGCUCCAAGAGCUGCACGAGCGAAAAUUUGGCGGCAAGCAAAAAGAAGGCGAGACGACGAAAUCGAACUCGCUCCGUGGCAUUCUCCUCAUUGUCUGUAUUUUUAUCGUCCUCAUCAUCAUUCUGGUCGUAUGAAGAACAUUAAUCGCGUGAAAUUAUCGAUUUUUGAGGUGUGCGCAGAGAUGGAGAUGAUUUCCACGAAAUGCACCGAAAAAUGCGCAUUUGCCCCCCAUCUCUGCACACUAUUUUCAGAUUUUUUAGGCGUACCGUAAUCUUUUGCCCCCCCCCCCACAAUUUUUCUGAUUUUUGGUCGUAUCCGUCGUGGUGUGUGUGUGUGUGUGUGUGUGUCCUUUGUCAUUUGAAAUAUCUUAGUUUAUUUUAUGCCGCGUCCAAUGUCUCGAAAAAACCGUAAAAACCGCAGAUUUUUCUGUCCAAAGUCGGCCGAAAUUUGCGUGAAAAACGGGGGUGUGCACAGCUCAAUGAGUGUAACCGUACCCCUAAAACUACGGUAUUUUUUGAAAAUUUGUUAAUUUCUUGAGGUUAUUUGAAAAUAUUCAAAUUUCUUGCGCAAAUUUUCAAAAAAUACCGUAGUUUUAGGGGUACGGUUACACUCAUUGAGCUGUGCGCACCUCCGUUUUUCACGCAAAUUUCGGCCGACUUUGGACAGAAAAAUCUGCGGUUUUUACGGUUUUUCCGAGACAUUGGACGCGGCAUUACGCCUACGCUUUUUUGCUGAUACCUCGCAAUUUGCAUGCUUUCCAACAAAAACGUUUUAAUUUGUUGGGCCCCCUCCCCCUUUUUUUUUCUUUUUGAAAAUGAUUGUGAGAGACCGCAAACACAUAAACACACACACACCACUGGACCGGGCGUUAUAAUAUCGGAAAAAUGGCAGAUUUAGAACGAAAGAUUACGGUAUCGCCAAUCGUUUCAGAUCGAAGAGACGGCGCCGAUCUCGUUUCCAGACUUGACAUCGGCCGGAAAUUGUCACGUCGAGUGCAACGGAGGUAUUAUUGAUUGUCUCAUGCUUCUCCAAGUUAUUGAAUCGAUUUGAGGAUGCACGGAAUCCAACUCGGCGACGUCGUGCUUCGCGUGCAAACACCUGACUCAAACGCUGCGCAACAAGGGCGGAAGCGGCUUCAAAUGUGUGCAAAAGUGCGAUGACACGUACUAUUUGGACGGCGACAAGUGCAAAAUGUGCUCGUCGCACUGCCACACGUGCACAAAAGCAGAGGUUAGUCGAUUACGAGAGGGCACAUUUUGACCGCCAAACUUUGCACGCUUUUUGAAUUUUGAAGAAAGGCCGAAAGCCCUGUUUUUGCGAACUAUUCAAUGUUCCAUCACAUCUCCAGACGCGGAGAUCGAUCCGUCUAAAACUUGGUCCCAAGCAGGGCUGGGCAAUUGGCCGGCCCUUGACCUGGACUUUUGAACCACUUGCAAUAUUCCGAUCAGACCCAAACUUUGCAGGCUUUGUUGACUUGGAUUGAGGGCCAUUGUGUCCAAGUUUCAGCCCGAUCGGAUCGUCGGGCACCGAGAUAUGUGGAUCAGAGGCCGAUUUUUUCCAAAAAGCCCGGGCUUCCGGCCAAUCUCGGCCAAUGAUCCACAUUUCUCGGGACCAAAUAAUCUGAUCGGGCUGAAACUUGGUCCCAAUAUGCUUCAACCCAUGUCCAAGAAGCCUGCAAAGUUUCGGUCCGAUCGGAAUAUUGCAAGUGGUUCAAAAGGUCGGCUAACGAAAAGCUCGGGCCGGCCAAUUGCCCAGCCCUGGUCCCAAAUUACUUAUUGGGCCUCAAAAAAUCCAUUGAAAUAAGGUGGCACGAGGAAGUUAAACUAUACUGAUUGUUCUUAUUGCGUGCACCGCCCGAAAUGAUUGUUGGCGAAUGUUGUAGGUGUGCGAAACGUGUCCGGGAAGUCUUCUGCUCAUCGAAGUCGACAAUAUGCCCCACUACGACCACGGAAAGUGUGUGGAAUCGUGUCCGCCCGGCCUGGUCGCCGAUUGUGAGUUUACCUCGAUUCGGGUUUUCGAAUUUCAAACGUUUACAGCACAAAAGUCUACAAACGGUGAGAGAGAGAGAGUACAUUUAAUCGAGUGUUUAACCAAUAAACCAAAGCCCCCCUCCACUUCUAAAUUCCUGUUUCGCAUAUAACUUUUGACUCCCGUUUAAUCAUUCGCAGCUCACCACCAUGCAUUUUCAAACCGAAUCCUCAUUUGCAGACGAGACGAACCUGGUGCAGGCGCGGUGCAUCUGGCGAAAGGAUCUCUGCGGCAACGGCUACUACAUCAACGCCGUCGGCAAGUGCGAUUUGUGCGAUUCGGCGUGCGAAACGUGCAUCGCGCCCGGACCGAUGAGCUGCGAGAAGUGCGCGAACGGCUACGGAAAGGGCUCGAUCGGAUACUGUCGGCCGUGCUGUGCGCCCGGAUCCGGAAAGGACUGGCACUGUGGUGGGUGUCGCUUUGUACUCAUUUCUCCUAAAAAAGAGUGUGUCCGAAAUGAGGGAUUGGUGGUCCAAAAGUCUCAAAUUCUGUAUAAAUUUGCCCGAAGGCGACCACGAGAAGUACACGGCGGGUGGAGUUUUCUAGUCCCACCGGCGAAAAUGUUCAUCUGUAGCAGAGUUGAGCGGAAAUGGAAUUUUGAAAUCCGGAAGACGGCAGACGGCAGACGGAAGAAAAAAUUUUUUACGGAACACGGAAAACGGAAGACGGAAGAAAACUUUUUUCCCGGAAGACGGCAGACGGAAGACGGAACAAAAAAAUCCACGGAAGACGGAAGACGGAAGACGGCAGACGGAAUUCCGCUCAACUCUGAUCUGUAGCAAAUCUUCUUGCAACUCGACUUUGUAGUGUACCCUUGCUCGGGAAACUACUUCCAAAACUCACCCGACAAAGCGUUUGUCGAGAAAAAAUGGUUUCAGACAGCGUUAUUCGAGUGCCGUACAAAAAAUGGAUAACCGCGUGAAAUUUCAUUAAAACUGGGGACUUGGGAACACGAAGAAUGCCCCCCACUUUAAAAAUAUGUAUAUUUUUGUUUGCAGAAGACUGUUCGACGCAACCGCCGGAGCCGUCCGAAUCCUCGGAUUCCGGCUACGGAUGGUUCUUCUGGAUAACCGUCGUCGCCCUCUUCGGCCUCGGAUUCUGGUCGUGCUGGAAGUGCGUCGCGGCCAACAGUUCGGCCGCGAAUAUCGAGUACGUCACGUUUGUGUGUCUGUCCGAAUUUCCUCUUAUUGCCACAUUCGCUGUCCGAGUCCCAACUCUCAGAAAUCCAUAUAAACGGAACAGUGCGCAGUUCGAGUUGUGGCUCUGUGGCUGAGAAAACUCCUAGGCCAUGAGAUCUUUCUUGCCACGUAUUCACACAAAUUAACAGCAAUCGAGAUUUGAGCCAACAGACGGUUGGCGUGAAACUUGAUUUGAGCACUUAUUAAUCUAGCUAGAAGAUUUAUUAAUCUAGCUAGACAAUUUAUUAAUCUAAUUAGGUGUCAUAUCAAUCUUAUUAAGCCGUAAUAACGAAAUGCCAGAGUUUUCUAGGCCGCAGUAUAUAAAUCGAAAAAAAAACAGCCGAAAAAGUUGCAGAUACGCUCCGCUGCCACACUACAACGCGACGAACGGAGAAGUGAAUUUGGGCGUGAAUUCAGAUGAGGACGACGACGAAGACGAAGACGAACUCUUCACACAUUUACCCGCUUCUCAGAAUGUCUAG